AUGAAACACACGAUACCGAAAUGGACAAAGAACAAAUCAAUCAUACUCGUCGUUUUCGUUAUCUACACUGUUAUACAGAUAUGUGGCUCAGUGGAGGAAACGGUUGCAGAGCUAUCACAAGGAGUAAAGACGCCAAACUUGGCACAAAGCGGCAAAGGUACAGUGAGUCAGAAGCAAGAAGGUCCAGCCCAAGAGACGAAGUUAACCGAAAUUGGUUACAGCGCAGGAACGGAUGCUCCUCCAUUACAAAAUGGCGGUCACAGCAAUAUUUCUGUUUUAUUUCUCUCUAGUAUUAUCCACAGCAAACAAUCGGAUGUAAAUAGUAGUGCAAAUUCUGAUAGAACUGCAAGCAACUCGAGAUUCAGCUCAAAAGAACAACAGCCGAUAUCUACGCAGAACGAGAUUCCAUUGUCAUAUUUUGAAGCAAUAGCCUCGAAACAUCCGUCAGUGGUAAAGAACAAUUUAGAUGAUGUACAUGAUAAUACCAAGAUUGAAAGUGGAAGAAAGGAGAGUGCAUUAUCUGAGGACAAGUUUAAAAAACUGCAGUCGAAACGGCAUAAAAGGAGUGUGAAUAAACAUCCUAUCGGGCAAUCUGCAAUUCCGAAGCAAGCAGUUGAAACGACAACAAAGCCAAUGCAACCACCACCAGACUAUUCACUAUUCCAUGGCACGACUACUGAACUCGAAAAAGCAACAUGGUUGGCCACCUCAGCUGUAACAACUACUGAAUUAGAUAAUACAACCUUAAUCAGUACGUUACCAGAUGCAACAACAUCGUUUGAAAGCACGGCAGGUCCAACCACAGUGCAGGGGACUACUAUGCCAUUAGAAAGUACAUCAGGUCUUACCACCAUGGAGGACACCACCAUGCGGUUUGAAACUACAUCAGGUCAAAUUACAAUGAAAGACACUACCACACCAUUUGAAACUACAUCCGGUCUAACUACAAUGGAGGACUCUACCACGCCAUUUGAAACUACAUCAGGUCUCACCACAAUGGAGGACACUUCCACGCCGUUUGAAACUACAUCAGGUCUAACCACAACGGAGGACACUUCCACGCCAUUUGAAACUACAUCCGGUCUAACUACAAUGGAGGACACCACCAGGCCAUUUGAAACUACAUCCGGUCUCACUACAAUGGAGGACACUACCACGCCAUUUGAAACAACACCAGAGCUAACCACAAAUGAGGACACUACCACGCCGUUUGAAACCACAUCAGGUCUCACCACAAUGGAUGACACUACCACGCCAUUUGAAACAACACCAGAGCUAACCACAAUUGAGGACACUACCACGCCGUCUGAAACCACAUCAGGUCUCACCACAAUGGAGGGCACUACCACGCCAUUUGAAACAACACCAGAGCUAACCACAAUUGAGGAGACCCCCACGCCAUUUGAAACAACACCAGAGCUAACCACAAUUGAGGACACCCCCACGCCCUUUGAAACCACAUCAGGUCUCACCACAAUGGAGGGCACUACCACGCCAUUUGAAACAACACCAGAGCUAACCACAAUUGAGGACACCACCACGCCCUUUGAAACCACAUCAGGUCUCACCACAAUGGAGGGCACUACCACGCCAUUUGAAACAUCACCAGAGCUAACCACAAUUGAGGACACCACCACGUCCUUUGAAACUACAUCAGGUCUCACAACAAUGGAGGAAACUUUCACGCCAUUUGAAACAACACCACAGCUAACCAGAAUUCAGGACACUACCACGCCGUUUGAAACCACAUCAGCUCUCACCACAAUGGAGGACACUUCCACGCCAUUUGAAACAACACCAGAGCUAACCGCAGUUGAGGACACCACCACGCCGUUUGAAACCACAUCAGGCCUCACCACAAUGGAGGACACUUCCACGCCGUUUGAAACCACAUCAGCUCUCACCACAAUGGAGUACACCACCACGCCCUUUGAAACCACAUCAGGUCUCACCACAAUGGAAGACACUACCACGCCAUUUGAAACAACACCAGAGCUAACCGCAAUUGAGGACACCACCACGCCGUUUGAAACCACAUCAGGUCUCACCACAAUGGAUGACACUACCACGCCAUUUGAAACAACACCAGAGCUAACCACAAUUGAGGACACCAUCACGCCCUUUAAAACCACUUCAGGUCUCACCACAAUGGAGGACACUUCCACGCCGAUUGAAACAACACAAGAGCUAACCACAAUGGAGGACACUACCACGCCGUUUGAAACCACACCAGGUCUCACCACAAUGGAGGACACUACAACGCCAUUUGAAACAACACCAGAGCUAACCUCAAUUGAGGACACCAUCAUGGCGUUUGCAAACACAUCAAUUCUCACUACAAUGGAGGACACCACCACGCCAUAUGAAACAACACCAGAGCUAACCACAAUGGAGGACACUUCCACGCCGUUUGAAACAACAUCAGGUCUCACCACAAUGGAGGACACUACCGCGCCAUAUGAAACAACACCAGAGCUAACCACAAUGGAGGAAACCACCACGCCAUUUGAAACCACAUCAGGUCUCACCACAAUGGAGGACACUACCACGCCAUUUGAAACAACACCAGAACUAACCACAAUGGAGGACACUACCACGCCGUUUGAAACCACAUCAGGUCUCACCACAAUGGAGAACACUUCCACGAUGUUUGAAACAACACCAGAGCUUACCACAAUUGAGGACACCACCACGCCGUUUGAAACCACAUCAGGUCUCACCACAAUGGAGGACACUUCCACGCCGAUUGAAACAACACAAGAGCUAACCACAAUGGAGGACACUACCACGCCGUUUGAAACCACACCAGGUCUAACCACAAUGGAGGACACUAGUGCGCCGUUUGAAACCACACCAGGUCUCACCACAAUGGAGGACACUUCCACGCCGUUUGAGACAACACCAGAGCUAACCACAACGGAGGACACUACCACGCCGUUUGAAACCACACCAGGUCUAACCACAAUGGAGGACACUAGCGCGCCGUUUGAAACCACACCAGGUCUAACCACAAUGGAGGACACUACCACGCCGUUUGAAACCACAUCAGGUCUCACCACAAUGGAGAACACUUCCAUGAUGUUUGAAACAACACAAGAGCUUACCACAAUUGAGGACACCACCACGCCGUUUGAAACCACAUCAGGUCUCACCACAAUGGAGGACACUUCCACGCCGUUUGAAACAACACAAGAGCUAACCACAAUGGAGGACACUACCACGCCGUUUGAAACCACACCAGGUCUAACCACAAUGGAGGACACUAGCGCGCCGUUUGAAACCACACCAGGUCUCACCACAAUGGAGGACACUUCCACGCCUUUUGAAACAACACCAGAGCUAACCGAAAUUGAGGACACCACCACGCCGUUUGAAACCACAUCAGGUCUCACUACAAUUGAGGACACCACCACGCUGUUUGAAACCACAUCAGCUCUCGCCACAAUGGAUGACACUUCCACGCCUGUUGAAACAACACCAGAGCUAACCACAAUGGAGGAAACUACCACGCCGUUUGAAAUCACAUCAGCUCUCACCACAAUGGAGGACACUUCCACGCCGUUUGAAACAACACCAGAGCUAACCACAAUUGUGGAAACCAUCACGCCGUUUGAAACCACAUCAGCUCUCACCACAAUGGAGGACACUACCACGCCGUUUGAAACAACACCAGAGCUAACCACAAUGGAGGACACUACCACGCCGUUUGAAACCACAUCAGAGCUAACCACAAUUGAGGACACUACCACGCCGUUUGAAACUACAUCUAAUCUAACCACAAUGGAGGACGCUACCGCCUCGUUUGAAACGACAUCUGCUCUAACCACAAUUGAGGACACUAGCGCGUCGUUUGAAACUACAUCUGAUCUUUCAACAAUGGGGGAUGCUGCCACCCUGUUUGAAACUACAACAGAUCUAACCCCAAUUGAUGACACUAUCACGCCAUUUGAAACUAAAUCAGGUCAAGCCACAAUUGAGGACACUACCACGUCGUUUGAAAGUACGUCAGGUCAAACCACAAUGGAGGACACUACCGCCUCGUUUGAAACUACAUCUGGUCUAACCACCAUGGAGGACACUACCAUGCCGUUCGAAACUAAAUCUGAUUUGACGACAAUUGGGGAUACUGCUACGCCGUUUGAAACUACACCAGAUUUAACCACAAUUGAUGACACUAUCACGUCGUUUGAAACUACGUCAGGUCUAACCACAAUGGAGGACACUACCGGCUCAUUUGAAACUACAUCUGGUCUAACCACAAUGGAGGACACUACCACGUCGUUUGAAACUACACCAGAUUUAACCACAAUGGAGGACACUACCACGCUGUUCGAAACUAUAUCAGGUCUAACCACUAUGGAGGACACUACAACACCUUAUGAAAUUACACCAGAGCUAACCACAGUUGAGGACACUACCAUGUCGUUUGAAACUACGUCAGGUCUAACCACAAUGGACGACACUACCGACUCGUUUGAAACUAUAUCUGGUCUAACCACCAUGGAGGACACUACCAUGUCGUUUGAAACUACACCAGAUUUAACCACUAUGGCGGACACUACAACGCCUUAUGAAAUUGCACCAGAGCUAACCACAGUUGAGGACACUACCACGCCGUUUGACAGUACACCAGGCCUAACCACAACUGAGGACACUACCACGCCAUAUGAAGCUACAUCAGGUUUACCCACAAUGGAUGACAAUACCACACCCUUUGACACUACAUUUGGUCUAACCAUAGUUGAGGAUACUUCCAUGCUGUUUGAAACUACACCAGAUCCAAUCCCAAUUGAAAACACUACCAUGCCAUUUGAAACUACAUCUGCUCUGACCACAAUUGAGGAUACUGCCACGCCAUUUGAAACUACAGCUAGUCUAACUGCAAUGGAGGACACUCUCACAGCAUUUGAAAGUACAUCAGUUAGCAGUUUUGAAGAUACCACGACACCAUUGGAAGCUUCUACAGUCGAAGGCACCACCUUACCAUUGGAAACCUACACGUUAGAAGAUACCACAACGCCAUAUAAAACUUCGACGUUGGAAGAUGCCACCACACAAUUUGAUGCUUUGACUGUGGAAGAUACCACAACACCAUUGGAAACGACUACAGUAGAAAGUAUAACAGUGCCAUUGGAAAUUUCUACUGCGGGUGAUAUCACAACACCAUUUGAAACUUCCACUGCGGAAGAUGCCACAACACCAUUUGAAGCAUUGACUGUGGAAGAUACCACAUCAUCACUGGACACUUUAACGAUUGAAUUUACCCCACUGCCACUGGAAACUUCGAUGCAGGAUGAUACCACCACAUCUUUUGAAACUUCCACAGCAGAAGAUGCGUCAACUCCAUUGGAAACUUUGACUGUGGAAGAUACCGCAACAUCACUGGACACUUCGGCAGUCGAAGACACCACAACACCACUUGAACUGUCGACAGAAGAAUAUAGAACAGCACCAUUGAGAAUUUUGACAGAAGAAAUGAUCACCACACAAAUGGGAAGCUCGACAACAGAAGAAACCACAACACCAUUGGGAACAUCAGCAGUAGAAGAUACCACAAUGCCGUUUGAAACCUCGAUGCCAGAAUAUGCCCAAACACCACUGGAAACUUCGACGCAGGAAGGUACCACAAUAUCAUUGGAAACUUCUACCAUGGAGGAUACCACAACACUGUUGGAAUCUUCGGCAGUGGAAGACACGACAACACCAUUAGAAACUUCGACGCAGGAAGAUACUACAACAUCAUUGGAACUUUCGACCGUCGAAGACACGACAACACCAUCGGAAACUUCGACACCGGAAGAUACUACAACACUGUUGGAAACUUCGUCAGUGGAAGACACGACGAUAACAUUUGAAACGACCACAAUGGAAGAUACAACAACAGCACUAAAAAAUUCGACAGUGGAAGAUAUAAAUUCACAAUCGGAAACUUCGACAGAAGAUAAUAACAGAACACUAUUGGGGAGCUUGACAGUAGAUGAAACAACAACACUAUUUGAAACCUCGAUGAUAGAAGAUAUCACAAAACAACUUCAAACAUUGGCAGUGAAUGAUACCACCACAGCAUUUGAAACUUUGACAGUGGAAGAUACCACAACACUAGCAGAAACUUCGGCAGAAGAAUAUACGACAACGUCGUUUGAAAUUUCGACAGUAGAAUAUACAACUACAGCAACACUGGAAACUUCAAAAGAAGAAAUGACUUCAAUACCAAUUGGAAACUGGACAAUGGAGGAAACCACCAUAUCAUUGGAAACGUUGACGGAAGAAGGUACAACAUCAUUGGAAAGCUCAACGGUAGAAGAUAGCACAACACAACUGGAAACUUUGGCCACUGAAAAUACCACAAAUCCAUUGGAAACUGUGACAAACCAGGCGGCAUUGGGAGAAGAUACUACAACACCAUCGGUGACUUUGAUAGUAGAAGAGACGACACCAUUGGAACCAUCGACUGGUGAAGAAAUUUCAACACCAUUGGGAACUUCGAGUAUGGAAGAUACUACUGUACCAUUUGAAACUUCGACAGAAGAAUAUACUCCAACACCACUAGAAACUUUAACAAACGAAGAUACCACAUCACCAUUGAAAACGUUGUCCAUGGAAUAUAUCUCAACACUAUUGGAAGUGUCGGCAGAAGAAAUGACCACAACACCAUUUGAAAUUUCGACAGUAGAAUAUACCCAAACAUCGCUAGAAACUUCGACACAUGAAGAUACCACAUCACCAUUAGAAUCAUCUACGAUGAGAGAUACUACAACACUAUUGGAAAUAUCGACAGAGGAAGAUACUACAACACCAUUAAUUGAAACUCCUACAUUAGAGUAUACCCCAAUUUCACUAGAAAGCCCGAUGCAGGAAGAUACCACAUCACCAAUACAAACAUCGACCGCGGAAGACACCACAACACUAUUGGAAAUGACGGCAGAAGAACACACUACUGUACCAUUUGAAGCUUCGACUGUAGAAGAUACCACAACACCAUUGGAAACUUUGACAGUAGAGCAUACCACAUCAGCAUUGGAAGCGUCGACCAUGGAAACGUCGACAGUCGAAGAUAGCACAACACCUUUGACUUCGACAUACCUGGUGGGAUUAUUAGAAGACACAACAUCGUCGUUGGAAUCUUUAAGGGCUGAAGAUACUACAUCGCCAUUGGAAUCUUCGACAAUAGAAGCUACCACGACAAAAUUGGAAAAUUCAUCUGACCAAAUAACUCAGGUGGGCAUCAUAAACCCCAAAGCGGACUUGACUACUCUAGAAGAAACCACAACACCCACUGUAAUAUAUCUAACGACUUUAGAAGACACCACAGCACUACCAGAAAUUAUAGGUGUGGGAAACAAAACAACACGAUUAGAAAGAGAAACAUACCUGACAUCAUUGGCAGACACAACUUCAGCACUGGGAGGUAGCUCAGAAAUGUCCUCUUUUGAAGAAACUACUGUGAAACAGCUGGAAAGUACAACGGAACAAGUAAAUACUGGUCCACAAAGCAGGUCGUUGGAGGUUUCAACCACGAUUACUGCAUUCGAUGACUUUGCAACAACACUUGAAAGUUCAAGAGGCCUGACUUCGGUAGAAGAUAUAACGACACUCCUGGAAACCACAUCAGAAGACACUAAUUUAGAGAAGACGACAUCAUUUGACAUUACCACUAAAGUGUUUGAAUUAAAAGACACCUCGACAUUCUUUGGGCUCACAACUGCAGAUGGCACAGCAGAACACAAAGGUUCAACGGGAAUAACUGAAUUUGAGAAGACUACCACACCACUUGAAAAUGCUACAGAGCUGACUGUUAUAGAAGCUACAACAUCGCUAUCUGAAAGUUUAGCCGACCAAACUACAUUAGACAUGUUGAGACCAUCACUUGAACUUACGACAGAUCGCACCUUAUUAGAAGACACAACAACAUCAUAUGAAAGUACAACGUCAACUGUAAUUUUUGGCGAAUACACAACAUCACCGUUGGUAAGUACACCAGACCUGGCUGGAUUAGAUGACACAACAACGUCCUUUAAAAGAGCACCUCUACUCACUACUUCAGAUGGCCUAACAACGGCAUUUGAUGGUUCAUCAGAGAAGAAUACAUUAGAAGACUUUCAAUCCGAAAGUUCUACAGGUGUGCCAAUCGACGACAGGGCAAUAUCGUUAAAAAGCCCAACCGACCUGGUCACUUCAGAAGGAAGUACUACAGAAAAGAGGGCUACGGAAGAUGUAACAAGUCCUACUGCUGAAGAGACCACGACUGGUUUUGAAGAUAUCUUAUUAGACACCACAUUUGGUAUGGAAGAUACUACAGAGGGCGCCAGGUCAGAUUUUAUCCAUGCCUCAUCACCAAGGGUUACAAAAAGUAAUUUGGAAAAUGCUACUCCAGAAAAUACUGCAAUUGAAUUCAGAAGCACAACGGUGGCCGACUCAACUGUCGUUGAAAGUAAUAUUCUCGAAGCUACAACUUUUGGAGAAAUAGAAAGUACCACUCUCGAAAUUACCACAACUGCUCUAGAAAGGAUUAGUGUGGUCGAGACUGUAGUUUCAGACAUGGAAACAACUUUAAAAGACACAAAAAUUGAACUUACUAGCACAUCUUUGGAUUACAACAAUACUACUAUGGAGAGCCUCACCUCUGGAACUCUGGAUGGUGAAAUGGAAAGUUCUUCUUUCGCCAGCACCUCCUUAGGUGAGCACACUUUAGAGGAUACAAAAACUGGUAUGGAAGGUACUACCAUGGGAGAUUCUCCAUCUCACUUGGGGAAUUCUAGCUUUGGCGAGGUCUCAACGUUAGAAGACAAUUAUACACCUAGUUAUUUAAGUACUUCGGAGGAAGAAGGCACGGCAGCUGGCUUUGGAAGCAGUUUCUUAGAUGAGACCACAGUUACAGUUACAACCCUUGGCGAAAUCACGACAUCUGAUUAUGAAAGGACAACUUUGAAACCAAUUAUUACAACUGCAGCUGGUUAUGCAAAUACAUUGGCGGAGGAAGACAAGACACUUUGGCAAGAAACUUCAACCCUGGAGGACCCCACGAGUAAAAUCACUUUGGUUCAAGCCACAGCCACUGCUUUGGAAAUAUCCUCUGAAGCAUUUGAAAGAACUUGGACUUUGACUUCCCAAGGCCCCAUGUUACAAUUGGGAACUAUCAUGUCGGACAUACCAACAUCUUACUUUGAACAGGACGAAGUGUCAUCCGCAAAGAUGAGCACUGAGACGACCCUCACCGAGAAAAAAACGUUAGCAGAAAUAAGCACAGGUGUAUACAGAGGUACACCUGUUAUUGAAGAAGGUACUCCUGUUGGAGACAUAUCAACUGAUGUUGAAGAUCUCACAACUGCUGUAGAGAAACGAACUGCUGGUUUUGAAGAACGUACAACUGGUGUUAAAGAACGUACAACUAGUGAUAGAGAGAGCAUUAGAGGUGGAGAACAGAGCACUGCUGGAGCUGAGGAAAGUACAUCUGCUGACGUAGAAGGUAGUACUUGGUCAGUACUGGGGUCUCUUACUACGGUAUUAACCACAUUGACUGAUUUUGUAUUUCGUACGAGAACACCAGAGUCCGCGUUGCCCUACUCCUCAACAAAAUUUGACCAUUCAAGUUCAACUGGCCUUACAGAUGAGCAAUCAACCACCACAAGAAUUGAGGAAACUACAGCACCUUACUCUGGACUGGAAAUAUCAUUUUCUCAGGUCACGACUCCAGCUACCAUAUUUAGUGAAACAACGCUGUUGACGUCAGACUCGCCAGCCUUUGCCUGGAUAAUGUCUACCAACGAAACAAAAGAAAUAUCUGAAAUCGUCGCAACGGAUCGGUAUACAUCUACAACAAUGCAGGGAACAGUCGAGACAAGAGGAACAGAAAUAACUUGGGAAACUACAAGCAAGGAGUUCAAAUUACCCGAUGUUAUGUCUCCGACUUUGGAAUCUAUCACGGAAGACACAACAUUACCACUGAGCAGCUCAACAACUGAUUUUGGGUUGGGCGGACACGGAGGAAAAGUAAAGAUAGGCGUCACAUCAAGGGAUGGUACAAUCGUUGUUGGAAAAACUAGUUAUCGCCCGGUGAAAGGCACUCAAAAACCUGGCGGAGCUCUGAAGCCUCCGCCUGUUACUAAAAAAACUAAAGGGGAGAAUGGUACUCCAGAUAUCCUCAAGUUUACCUUUGGGACUAUCGAUUUUGGGCUCAUUUCCCAGUGGGUUCUAACUGACAAUAAAUCAGAUGUCACAACAAGUGGCUCGGAUACUCAACAUAGUGUAACCCUGCCAUUUACUCAUCAUAGAACAGUUCACCCAACAGAUUUAUCCCAAUCUCCCAGUACUCUCGACAGGACAACAUCCUUUGAUGACGUCGAUACUUUGAGUGGGAGGUUCACAAGGUUUAAUGAUCCUGGCUUGACAUCACCAAGAAUCAAGACUGUGACACCAGAUCGGAAAGCCGAUGUAGUAUCAUCCACUGAAGGUCCAUCAGAGGCUGAAAUAUUACCGUCGUUGUCAUAUCCGGUUUACAAAAUAACAGCAACUCUCAAUCAGCAAAGUAUUAACAUUAGCACGUCACCCAGCAGAGAUUCAGCUUCAAAUACUAAAGAAAGUUAUAAUGCAACCAAUGUUGAAACCAAAACGCAAUCUUCAGGGAUUUCUUCUACACCACUUUAUGAUGAGUCAUCACAUGCCUAUACUUCUGAAGUGGGAUCAUCUUCUUUAGAGUCGGCGACGGUUUCACGAUCAACAUAUAUCACUGGAUAUUCAAAAUCAACAACUGACGCAAUUGCAACUGAAUUGGGGUCUACAGUUGCAAAAAUACCGACUGAUGUCUUCAUCUCUACGGCUACAGAGACAACUACCAAUUUGGGAUCUUCAACGGAAGGGAUGAAAACGCAAUUGAUGUCAGAGGAUUUCCUGUCAACAACUUUAGAAAUGACCACUAAAUUCGGAUCAACAAAUGCUGAGAUGAAUAAAGAUCUAGGAUCGACAACUGCAGAGAUGACAACCGAAUUAGUGUCUGCAACUGCAGAAAGAACUACUUCUUUUGAGUCAUCAAUUGCUGCUUUCGGUUCAUCAACAAUUGCUGAGAUGACUUCUAAUUCUGGAUCGACGACUGCCGAUCUUGAGUCAGCAUCUGCUGAGGUUGCUACUGACCAUCAGUCAACUGCUCAGAUGACUACUGACUUUGGGUCAACAACUGCAGAUCUUGAGUCAGCAUCUGCUGCGGUGACUUCAGUCCUUCAGUCAAGAACUGAACGACUGACAAGUGAAAUUUGGUCAACACGUGCCGGUAUGACUACCGAAUUAGUAUCUACACCUGCCGAAAGAAAUACCGAUUUUGAGUCAACAAUUGCUGUAAUGACAUCUGAUUCUGGAUCAACAACUGUUGGUCAUGAGUCAACAUCUACUGAGGUUUCUACUGACCUUCAGUCAACAACUGCUCAGAUGACUACUGAUUUAGGGUCACAAUCUGCUGAUAUGGAGUCAAUAACUACUCAAGUGACAACUGAUAUAGAGUCAACAUCUCAUGCCGUCAGUUCGGAUUUUGGAUCAACAACUGCUGAUCUUGGGUCAUCAUCUGCUCAUCAGAUGACUAAUAAAAUAGAGUCAACAUCUGAUGAAGCAAAUUCUAAUUUUCGAUCAACACCUUCAGACCUUCAGUCAAAAUCUGCUGAGGUGACUUCUGACCCCCAUUCAACAACUGAACAGGUGACCAGUGAGUUUGGGUCGACAAGUGCAGAGCUUACUACCGAAUUAGCAUCUACAACUGCAGAAAGAACCACCGAUUUUGAGUCAACAGUUGUCGAUUUCGGCUCAACAAUUGCUGUGAUGACUUCUGAUUCUGGAUCAACAACUUCUUAUCUUGGGUCAAUGAAUGCUGAGGUUACAACUGACCUUCAGUCAACAACUGCUCAGGUGGCUACUGAUGUGGGGUCACCAUCUGCUGAUAUUGAGUCAAUAACUGCUCAAGUGACAACAGAUACAGGGUCAACAUCUCAUGCCGUCAGUUCGGAUUUCGGAUCAACUAUUGCUGAUCUUGGGUCAUCAUCUGCUCAGGUGACUACUAAAAUAGAGUCAACAUCUAAUGAAGUAAAUUCUAAUUUUCGAUCAACACCUUCAGACCUUCAGUCAACAUCUGCUGAGGUGACUUCUGACCCCCAUUCAACAACUGAACAGGUGACUAGUGAGUUUGAGUCGACAAGUGCAGAGCUUACUACCGAAUUAGCAUCUACAACUGCAGAAAGAACUACCGAUUUUGAGUCAACAAUUGUCGAUUUCGGCUCAACAAUUGCUGUGAUGACUUCUGAUUCUGGAUCAACAACUUCUUAUCUUGGGUCAAUGAAUGUUGCGGUUACAACUGACCUUCGGUCAACAACUGCUCAGGUGACUACUGAUGUGGUGUCACAAUCUGCUGAUAUUGAUUCAAUAACUGCUCAAGUGACAACAGAUACAGGGUCAACAUCUCAUGCCGUCAGUUCGGAUUUCGGAUCAACUAUUGCUGAUCUUGGGUCAUCAUCUGCUCAGGUGACUACUAAAAUAGAGUCAACAUCUGAUGAAGCAAAUUCUAAUUUUCGAUCAACACCAGCAGAUCUUCAGUCAACAUCUGCUAAUGUGACUUCUGACCCUCAUUCAACAACUGAACAGAUGACCAGUGAGUUUGGGUCGACAACUGCAGAGGUUAUUACCGAAUUAGCGUCUACAACUGCAGAAAGAACUACCGAUUUUGAGUCAACAAUUGCCGAUUUCGGCUCAACAAUUUAUGUGAUGACUUCUGAUUCUGGAUCAACAACUACUUAUCUUGGGUCAACCCAUGCUGAGGUUACAACUGACCUUCAGACAGCUACUGCUCAGAUGACUACUGAUUUGGGGUCAACAACUGUUGAUAUUGAGGCAACAUCUUAUCAGGGGACUACUAAAAUAGAGUCGACAUCUGAUGAGGUCAGUUCUGGUUUUGGAUCAACAAUGGCUGAUCUGGAGUCGACAUCUGUGGUGGUGACUAAUGACCUUCAGUCAACAAUUGAACAAGUGGCUACUGCGUUUUGGUCAACAAGUGCAGAGAUUACUACCGAAUUACUAUCUACUAGUGCAGAAAGAGUUAUUGAUUUUGAGUCAACAAUUGCCGAUUUCGGCUCAACAAUUUCUGUGAUGACUUCUGAUUCUGGAUCAACACCUACAUAUCUUGGGUCAAUGAAUGCUGAGGUUACUACUGAGCUUCAGUCAGCUACUGCUCAGAUGACUACUGAUUUGGGGUCAACAGCUGCUGAUAUUGAGUCAACAUCUUCUCAGUUGACUACUAAAAUAGAGUCAACAUCUGAUGAGGUCAACUCUGAUUUUGGAUCCACAACUGCCGAUCUUGGGUUAACAUCGGUCGAGGCGACUCAUGGCCUACAGACAACAACUGAACAAGUGACUAAUGAGUUUUGGCCAACAAGUGCCGAGAUGACAAGUGAUAAUGGGUCAACAACUACAGACAUUCCAAUAAAUUCCGGUACAACUUCUUCUGAUGUGAUAUCUGAUUUAGGGUCAGUGACUGUUGAUAUUGAGUCAACAUCAUUAGCUCAAAAGACUACUGAUAUUGGUUCAAAACCUGCUGAUAUCGAGUCAACCCAUGCUGAGGUUACUUCUAACGCUGAGUCAACAACUCCUCAGAUUACUUCUGAAUUUUUGCCAACAACCUCUGAUAUUGAGUCAAUUGCUGAGGUGACUUCUGGUUUUGAAACAACAACUGCUCCACUGACUACUGAUUCUUGGUCAGCACCUGCUGAUAUGAGAACUCUAUCUGUGUCAACUAGCCCAGAUAUUUCAACUAAUUUCGAGGCUAAAUCUAAUGAGGUCACUUCUGACUUUGGGUCUACAAUGGCUGAUUUAGCUUCAACAUCUGCUGAGGCGACUAUUGACCUUCAAUCAUCAACGACUGAAGAGGGUAAUGAUUUUGGGUCACCAACUGCCAAUCUAGGAUCAACAAUUACUGCUGAGAUGACUACUUAUCGGAGGAAGCCUACAGCUGCAGAUAUGGAAACCGAAUCUGAAUCAAGAAGGGCAACGAUGUUCACCGAUUCUGAGUCUACUACUGCAUACCUUUUUACUGACAUUCCGAGAUCCACAUCUGAAGAGAUAACUACCGGGUUUGGAUCGAAAACUGAGUGGACGACUACAGGAAUCAGAACGACAUAUGAUUUAUUUCGAUCAACUUCUCUAGAGCUAACUCAUGCAAUCAUAUCAGAGGCAGAGGACACUACAGCAGAGCUGUUUAGUAUGACAAGUGCUGAGUUAACCGCAAGCACAGACACUACAACAGACGUCUUUGGGACGACAACUCCUAAGGUUAUCACAAGCACGGACACCACCACAGAGGUAUUUGGUAUCACGCCACUGGAGCUGAAAACAAGCGAGGACACCUCAACUGAGGUGUUUCGUACCACACGACAUGAGCUGACCACAAGCACAUACACUACCACCGAGGAGUUUGAGACGACAACUCCUCAGGUUACCACAAGCACGGACACCACCACAGAGGUGUUUGGUACCCCGCCACUGGAGCUGACUACAAGUGAGGAUGCUACCACUGAGGUGUUUCAUACCACACGACAUGAGCGGACCACAAGCAAUUACACUACCACCGAGGACGUUGAUAUCUCGCCUUCUAUGCAGACCACAGGCACGGACACUACCACAGAGGUUGUUGUUUCGACAACUCCUGAGCUAACAACAAACAUGGACACUACCACAGAUGAUUUUAGUAGAAUAACUCAUGAGCUAUCAACAAGGACAUACAAUACCACAAAUUUGUUUGGUACGUCAACUCCUGAGCUGAACUCAGAUGUGGGCACUACCACAGAGGUGUUUGGUUCGAUAACUCCUGAGCUGCCUACUAACUUGGACACUACCUCAGAGGAAUUUGGUACCACGAAUUAUAUGCUGACCACAAGCACGGACACUACCACAGAGGAGCAUGGUGUGCCAAAACAUGGGCUUACCACAAGCACGUACAGAACGACAGAGGUUGUCGAGGAGCUUGUUUCGAUAACGCAUGAGCUUACUACAGGAAUGGACACUACAACAGAGGAAUCAGGUACUUCAACUCAUGAUCAUAAGCAUACUACACGCACAUACACUACCACAGAGGAGUUUGGUGCGACAACACAUGAGCUUACCACAAGCUCAGACACUACCACAGAGAUGUUUGUUACCACGCCUCCUGUGCUGACCACCACCACAGAAGCGUUCAGUGCGAUAACUCCGGAGCUGCCCACUAGCGCAGACACUGCCACAGUGUUGUUUGAUACGACAUCUUUCAUGCUGACAACAGCUACCAUUGAGGAAUUUGGUUUCAAGUCAACAACCCCUGAUAUGAUACCUUAUUUCGUGUCAACUACUGCUCUAGAGUCAAGAACUAGUGAGACAUCCGCGGAGUUUGAGUUGUCAACUUAUGUCACAUCUGACCUGACGUCUACAACUGCUGGCCUCUCCACAGAUCUUGCAUUGUCUUCCGCAGAACAAACAUCUGACGCGCCGACUGCUAGUUUACAGCCACCGACUUUGCAGACUACGAAUAAUCUCCUAUCAAAAGUUGAUGAUUUCGUAUCCACCCCUUCAGAAACGUCGAGCAGCUUCGGAUAUGUAACUGGCAUUCUGAGAUCCGCUUAUGAAGAAAUGUCUACCGGUUUUGAAGACACAACUAAGCAGACGACUGAAAUGAGAAUGGCAACUGAUUAUUUUGGAUCACACUCUGUAGAAAUUACAAGUCAACUGGAAUCAAAGACAAUUGAUUCAGGGGAAACAACGAAGGAAUCGAUAUCUAAGUUUGGAUCGAAGAUAACAAUUGAUCCCUCUACUGGCCUCGACUCAACCUCCGAGGAGUUUGAUACGACAACACCUGGUCCUACCUCGGACAUCAACUCAACCUCUAAGCAGUUUGAUACAACACUUGGUCCUACCACGGGCUUCGACUCAGCAUCUAAGGAGUUUGACACGACAACACUUGGUCAUACCACGGACAUCGACUCAACAUCUCAGGAGUUUGGCAUGACAACACCUGGUCCUACCACAGACAUCGACUCAACCUCCGAGGAGUUUGAUACGACAACACCUGGUCCUACCUCGGACAUCAACUCAACCUCUAAGCAGUUUGAUACAACACUUGGUCCUACCACGGGCUUCGACUCAGCAACUAAGGAGUUUGACACGACAACACUUGGUCAUAUCAUGGACAUCGACUCAACAUCUCAGGAGUUUGGCAUGACAACACCUGGUCCUACCAUGGACAUCGACUCAGCCUCCGAGGAGUUUGAUACGACAACACCUGGUCCUACCUCGGACAUCAACUCAACCUCUAAGCAGUUUGAUACAACACUUGGUCCUACCACGGGCUUCGACUCAGCCUCUAAGGAGUUUGACAUGACAACACCUGGUCCUACCACGGACAUCGACUUAGCCUCUCAGGAGUUUGACACGACAACAUCUGGUCCUACCACGGACAUCGACUCAACAUCUCAGGAGUUUGAUACGACCAUACCUGGUCCUACCACGGACAUCGACUCAACCUCUAAGGAGUUUGACACGACAAGACAUGGCCCUACCACGGACAUCGGCUCAACAUCUCAGGAGUUUGAUACGACCAUACCUGGUACUACCACGGACAAUGACUCGGCCUCUAAGGAGUUUGACACUACAACACCUGGUCCUACCACUGACAUCGACUCAACCUCUAAGGAGUUUGACACGACAACACCUGGUCCUACCAUGGACAUCGACUCAACCUCUAAGCAGUUUGAUACAACACUUGGUCCUACCACGGACAUCGACUUAGCCUCUCAGGAGUUUGACACGACAACAUCUGGUCCUACCACGGACAUCGACUCAACAUCUCAGGAGUUUGAUACGACCAUACCUGGUCCUACCACGGACAUCGACUCAACCUCUAAGGAGUUUGACACGACAAGACAUGGCCCUACCACGGACAUCGGCUCAACAUCUCAGGAGUUUGAUACGACCAUACCUGGUACUACCACGGACAAUGACUCGGCCUCUAAGGAGUUUGACACUACAACACCUGGUCCUACCACUGACAUCGACUCAACCUCUAAAGAGUUUGACACGACAACACCUGGUCCUACCAUGGACAUCGACUCAACCUCUAAGGAGUUUGACACGACAACACCUGGUCCUACCAUGGACAUCGACUCAGCCUCUAAGGAGUUUGACACGACAACACCUGGUCCUACCAUGGACAUGUACUCAGCCUCUAAGGAGUUUGACACGACAACAUCUGGUCCUACCACGGACAUCGACUCAACAUCUCAGGAGUUUGAUACGACCAUACCUGGUACUACCACGGACAUCGACUCCGUCUCUAAGGAGUUUGACUCGACAAAACCUGGUCCUAUCACAGACAUCGACUCAACCACUCAGGAGUUUGAUAGGACAACACCUGGUCCUACCACAAACGUUGACUCAACCUCUAUGGAAAUCGAUACGAAAACAUUUAAUGCCACCACAGACAUCGACUCAGCUUCGAAGAAAAUUGAUGUGAUGACACCUGAUCCCACCAAAGACACAAACUCAACGCUAAAGGAUAUUAUUUCAGCAAGUAAUGAGCUUACGACAGGUAUGGGCUAUUCCACAGAUGGAUUUAGUACUUUAACUGUUGAAGAGACAACGGGUGAUGGCUUUGCCACUGGGGAGUAUGGUACUUCUACUACAGAAUUAACUACUUUGUCAUAUUUCGAGGCGAUUGCAGUCUCACAAACUCCAUCAGAGGAAAGCAGUACACUCUCAGGUUUCGUUCAAACAUCUUCACCACCAACAGCCUUUGAUUAUGGGUUGUCAUCCGAAGCUACCGAAGAAUUUUCAACAUCCAAUGUAGAAAGUAUUCAAGGGAGCACUGAGUUUGGUGCAGUCAGUGAAAUCCGAACUACCGAGUCUCCUUCAAUCAAAGAUGAGUUUAGUACAAUGGCUGAUGUCCAUACGACCGAGUAUGGUUCGACCACCGAUGUGUUUCGGUCAACAAGCAGCACCACAUAUGAUGAAUUUCGUACGACAGCUGGCAUUCUUAGAACGGAACAUUCCACUGCCAUAGAUGACGUUCGUACUACAAGUGGCAUCCUUACAACUGAGCAUUCCUCCAUUACGGAUGAUUUUCGCACUACGACAGGCACCCUUACAACUGAACCGUCCUCCAUUGCAGAUGAUAUUAGUACUACGACUGGCAUCCUUACAACUGAACCUUCCUUCACCACAGAUGAUUUUCAUACUUCGAGUGAUGUCCCUACGGGUGAUGUCCGUACAACUGCGUCAACAUCUGCUUCAACAGAUGACUUUGGUACAACGAUAAAUAUCCGUAUGACCGAGUAUGGUUCAACCAUCGAUAGUUUCAGGACAACGACACCAGAUCAAGGGUUGGUAACUUAUGAGUUUGGAUCAACUCUUUCUGUUCUGACUACAGACCAAAGUUCGACCCCCGGUGAUUUUGUAACAAUGAUCGGUAAAGAUUCUACCACAGGCCCAACCACAGGUUCAUAUCUAACUUCAACUUCAGAUGAACUAACACAAAGCAGACUUAUCAUUAUGACUCUUAGAAUACCCAGCAUAUACUCAGACUCGUCAACUUGGGAAAAUGAAGACUUGACGUUCUGGACUAAUGCGGAUCUGUCUGUAACAGAGGAAGCGAUUCAUCCUCGAGCUAGUCUGAGGUACUCGGAUCCUGGUACGACUUCCUUUCCAAAAUCAACAAAAGCCUCUCUUAGCUACUUCACUAAGACAACGCCUCGAACUACUACUGCCAACUCGUCGCAAGUCAAAGGAACUACAUCAAGCUGGGCCACUGCUAUCACUGACUUCGUGACGACAGUGUUUGGGUAUAUUGACAACACAUUGGCUUUUACAUCAACUGCCUCUCCAAUAAGUAGAAAGAUCAUGGGAGCAACAUCCAUGUUUACUCAAUACACUAACUAUAACUCCACAGCUGAGUCAGCUAGUUCAUCCGAUGCAUCGUACGUGACCUCACAUUUUCCAGCUACAGAGUCGAGUUCAACCAUUAUGGAAACAUCCACAUUGUCAGCUCUAACAACAGAAAUUGGAACGACGACAGAUACGCUGGCUACGACCACUGAAACCAGCACAACACUCCAGGUUUCGAGUACUGCAGACCAAAUCUCAAGUACAGAUAUUACAGCAAGAACGAUGGAUAUCCUAUAUGGCACAACUGAGCUCUCUUCCACAACCGAGGAAAUUCUGACAACAUCGACAUUUCCUACUACAGAACUUGGGUCAUCAACUGACGAAGUGGUAACAACAUUAGCAUAUGGCACGACUAAAAUCAUUUCAACAACUGGGGAAAGUUUGACAACAUCGGCAUUUGGUACUACUGAACUUGGAUCAACAACUGAGGAAAUGAUCGCAUCAUUAGCACCUGGCGCGACGGAAAUUACUUCAAAACCAGAGGAUGUUUCAACAACAUCAGCAUUGGGUACUACUGAAUUUGAGUCAACAACUGACGAAGUUAUUACAACGUCAGCAUAUGGCACAACCCGAUUACUUUCCACGACUAAGGACAUUUUGAGAGUAACAACUUCAGCAUAUGGUACAAGCGAACUUCUUCCCACAGCCGUGGACAUUUUAACCAAAUCAACUUUUGGUACGACUGAAUUUGGGUCUACAGCUGACGACAGGGUAACAGUAUCAGCAUAUGGCACGACUGAUAUAACCUCCGCAGUGGAGGAAAUUUUAACAAAAUCAGCAUUUGGAACGACUGAAUUUGGGUCUACUACUGACGAAAGGGUGACAACAUCAGCAUAUGGCUCGACUGAGCUUGAGUCAACAUCUGACGAAAUAGUGACAACAUUAGCAUAUGGCAAGACGGAAAUUACUUCUUCAGCGGAGGCAAUUUUGACAACAUCAGCAUUUGGUACUACUGAACUUGAGUCAACAACUGACAAAAUGGUAACAACAUCAGCAUAUGGCACAAGCGAACUUUUUACAACAGCUGAGGACAUUUUCACAACAUCAACAUUUGGUACGACUGAAUUUGAGUCUACAUCUGAUGAAAAAGUAACAAUAUCAGCAUAUGGCACAACUGAUGUAACUUCUGCAGCGGAAGAAAUUUUGACAACAAUCGAAGUUAUUUCCACAACUGAGGAAACUUUGACAACAUCAGCAUUUGAUACUACUAAACUUGGGUCAACAUCUGAGGAAAUUGUAGCAUCAUCAGAAUAUCACCCGACUGAUAUUACUUCAAAAACUGAGGAAGUUUCAACAACAUCAGCAUUUGGUACUACUGAACUUGAGUCAACAACUGAUGAAAUAGUGAGAACAUCAGCAUAUGGCACCAGCGAACUUCUGUCCACAGCUGAGGACAUUUUGAUAACAUCAACAUUUGGUACGAAUGAAUUUGGAUCUACAGCUGAUGAUAGGGCGACAGUAUCACCAUAUGGCACGACUGGUAUAACCUCCGUAGCAGAGGAAAUUUUCUCAACAUCAGCAUUUAGAACGACUGAACUUGAGUCAACAACUGACGAAAUAGUGAAAACAUCAGCACAUGACACCAGUGAACUUCUUUCCACAGCUAAGGACAUUUUGACAACAUCAACAUUUGGUACGACUGAAUUUGGAUCUACAGCUGAUGACAGGGUGACAGCAUCACCAUAUGGCACAACUGGUAUAACCUCCGUAGUGGAGGACAUUUUAACAACAUCAGCAUUUGGAACGACUGAAGUUGAGUCAACAACUGACGAAAUAGUGAGAACAUUAGCAUAUGGCACCAGCGAACUUCUUUCCACAGCUGAGGACAUUUUGACAACAUUAACAUUUGGUAGGACUGAAUUUGUGUCCUCAGCUGACGACAGGGUGACAGUAUCACCAUAUGGCACGCCUGAUAUAACCUCCGUAGCAGAGGAAAUUUUCUCAACAUCAGCAUUUGGUACGACUGAACUUGAAUCAACAUCUGACGAAAUUGUGACAACAUCACCAUAUGGCAUGACCGAAAUUACUUCUACAGCGGAGGAAAUUUUGACAACAUCAGCAUUUGGUACUACUGAACAUGGGUCAACAACUGACGAAAUGGUAACAUCAUCAAAAUAUGGCACGACUGAAAUUCCUUCCACAAAUGAGGACAUUUUGACAACAUCAGGAUUUGCAACAACUGAAUUUUGGUCUACUACUGACAGAAUAGUGACAACCUCAGCAUAUGGCAUGACCGAAGUUACUUCUACAGCGGAGGAAACUUUGAUAACAUCAGCAUUUGGUACUACCGAACUUGGGUCAACAACUGACGAAAUGGUAACAACCUCAGCAUAUGGCACAAGCGAACUUCUUACCACAGCUGAGAAUAUUUUGACAACAUCAACAUUUGGUACGAUUGAAUUUGGAUCUACAGCUGACGAAAAAUUAACAAUAUCGGUAUAUGGCACAACUGAUAUAACUUCUGAAGUGGACGAAAGGUUGACAACAAUCGAUGUCCUUUCCACGAUUGAUGCAGUUUUGACCACAUCAGCAUUUGGUACAACAGAACUUAAAGCAACAACUGACGCAAUGGUCACAACGUCCGCUUUUCGGAUUACAGACAUCGGUUCCAAUACUGUCGAUAAAGUGACUGCAUCACCAUAUGACACAACUGAAAUUCCUUCCACAUCUGAGGAAAUGUUGUCAACAUCAGCAUUUGGGUCUCCAUCUGACGAAAUGGUAACAGCAUCAGUAAAUAGCGCCACUGAAAUUACUUCUGCAGUGGAGGACAUUUCGACAGCAUAUGGCACGACCGAAAUUACUUCUAUAGCGGUGAAAAAUUUGACAACAUCACCAUUUGGUACUACUGAACUUGGGUCAACAACUGACGAAAUGGUAACAACAUCAAAAUAUGGCACGAAUGAAAUUCCUUCCACUACUGAGGAAACCUUAAUAACAUCAGCAUUUGGUACAACUGAGUUUGAGUCUACUACUGACCAAAGGGUAAUAACCUCCGCAUAUGGCACGGCCGAAAUCACUUCUGCAGCGGAGGACAUUUUGACAACAUCAGCAUUUGGUACUACUGAACUUGGGUCAACAACUGAGGAAAUGGUAACAUCAUCAAAACAUGGCACGAAUGAAAUUCCUUCCAUAAAUGAGGACAUUUUGACAACAUCAGGAUUUGGAACAACUGAAUUUGGGUCAACAUAUGGCUCGACUGAACUUGAGUCAACUUCUGACGAAAUAGUGACAACAUCAGCAUAUGGCAUGACUGAAAUUCCUUCCACAACUGAAGAAGUUUUGACAACAUCAACGUUUGGUUCUGCUGAACUUGGGUCAACCCCUGAGGAACGGGUAACAACAUCAAAAUAUAGCACGACUGCAUCUCCUUCCACAGCUGAAGAAAGUAUGAUGACAUCAUCAUUAAGUACCAUUGAACUUGGAUCAACAACUGAGGAAAUGGUAACAUCAUCAAAAUAUGGCACGACUGAAAUUCCUUCCACAAAUGAGGACAUUUUGACAACAUCAGGAUUUGGAACAACUGAAUUAUGGUCUACUACUGACGAAAGGGUAACAACAUCAAAAUAUAGCACGACUGCAUCUCCUUCCACAGCUGAAGAAAGUAUGAUGACAUCAUCAUUAAGUACUAUUGAACUUGGAUCAACAACUGAGGAAAUGGUAACAUCAUCAAAAUAUGGCAUGACUGAAAUUCCUUCCACAACUGACGAAGUUUUGACAACAUCAGCAUUUGGUACUGCUGAACUUGGGUCGAGCCCUGAGGAAAUGGUAAAAACAUCAAAAUAUAGCACGACUGACAUUCCUUCCACAACUGAAGAAGUUUUGACAACAUCAGCAUUUGGUUCUGCUGAACUUGGGUCGAGCCCUGAGGAAAUGGUAACAACAUCCAAAUAUGGCACGACUGAAUCUCCUUCCACAGCUGAAGAAAUUAUGAUGACAUCAUCAUUAAGUACUACUGAACUUGGAUCAACAACUGAUGAAACAGUAACGACAUUUGCAUUUGACAUGACUGAUGUAGCUUCGUCUUCUACUGAGGGAAUUGGAACAACCUCAGAAUUUGAUAAACUUGGGACAACAUCAGAGGAAAGUGAACGAUUGCCUGCUUUUGGUUCUACUGAAUCAGCGACCAUAACUGAUGAUAUCGUAACAACGCCAGCAUUUGGCACGACGGAACUUUCUUUCACGACUAAUAACGUUUUAACAACCACUGCCUUUGAUACAACAGACUCAGACUUAACCUACCAGGGAUUAGCGUCAACCACUCGCUAUGGGACUACAGAGCUUGAAUCAACCGACGGCGAGCCAGCAAGUGGGUUUGUGACAAACGAACUGGAAACAACCACUGAGGAAAUUGCUACCACGAAUGGAUUUAGUACAACAGAAGUGGAGGCAACCACUGAGGAAAUGGCUACAAUAAGUGUUAUCGUUACAACAGAACUGGAAUCAACCACAGACGAACUAGCGACCACUAAAGGCUUUGGUACAAAAGAAAUAGAAUUAACCACCGAUGUACUAGCGGCCACAAGUGGGUUUGGGACACCAGAAGUGCAAUCAACAACAGAAGAAGAAGCUACGAGAACUAUUUUUGGUACAACAGAUCUCAAAUCAACCACCGAUGUACUACUCAUAGCCACUAGUGUGUUUGGUACAAAGGAAGUGGAAUCAACCACAGAAAAACAAGCUGCCACAAUUGGCUUUGGUACAACGGAGCUAGAUUCAAUCAACGAAGAGCAAACUACCACAAGAGGCUUUGGCACAACAGAACUAGAAUCAACCACCGAGGAGCAAGCUACCACAAGUGACUUUGGCACAACAGAACUAGAACCAACCACCGAGGAGCAAGCUACCACAAGUGGCUUUGGUACAACAGGAUUAGAAUCAAUCACCGAGGAACUAGCUACCACAAGUGGAUUUGGUACAACAGAACUGGGAUCAUCCACUGAGGUUCUGGCAACCGCCAGUGGGUAUGGUACAAAGGAGGUGGACUCAACCAUUGAAGAACAAGCUACCACAAGUGGCUUUGGUACAACGGAUCUAGUAUCAACCACCGAGGAACUAGUUACCACAAGUGGAUUUGGUACAACAGAACUGGGAUCAUCCACUGAGGUUCUGGCAACCGCCAGUGGGUAUGGUACAAAAGAGGUGGACUCAACCAUUGAAGAACAAGCUACCACAAGUGGCUUUGGUACAACGGAACAAGAAUCAACCACCGAGAAUCUAGCUACCACAAGUGGCUUUGGUACAACGGAACUAGAAUCAACUUCUGAUGAUCUAGCUACCACAAGUGGCUUUGGUACAACGGAUCUAGUAUUAACCACCGAGGAACUAGUUACCACAAUCGGCUUUGAUACAACAGAACAUGAAUCAACCAUCGUUGAACCAGCUACCACCGAUGGCUUGAGUAAAACCGAACAAAAAACUACCACUAAUGAACUCGUUUCAACCACUGUCUUUGGCACACAAUAUCAUGAAUCUACAGCAGAUGAAUAUGGAGCAAGCCAUGAUGAAACGACUAAAGACUCUGGUUGGACGUCUGGUGAUAGUCAGUCAACUACCAUUGUAAUGAAAAUAGAGCCAGACUCGACUAGUGAUGAUUUCGGGAUAACGACAACCGAACUAGGUCUAUCCUCUGAUGGAUUCGGAACCUCCAGUUUUCCUUGGUCAACUGCUGAAAAACUAGCUACCACAAGUGGCUUUGUUACGACGGAACUAGAUUCAAUCACAGAGGAGCAAGCUACCACAAGUGGCUUUGUUACGACGGAACUAGAUUCAAUCACCGAGGAGCAAGCCACCACAAGUGGCUUUAGUACAACGAAAUUAGAUUCAACCACCGAGGAGCAAGCUACCAAUAGUGGCGUUGGCACGACGGAACUAGAUGCAAUCACCGAGGAGCAAGCUACCACAAGUGGCUAUGGAACAACAGAACUAGAAUCAUCCACUGAUGAACCAGUUACCACAAUCGGCGUUGGUACAACCGAACUGAAAUCAACCGUCAUGGAACUGACUACCACUGGUGACUUUGAUACAUCCGAACAAAAAUCAACCACUAAUGAACUAGUUUCACCAUCUUCCUUUGGUGUAGAGCAUCACGGAUCUACUACAGAAGAAUAUGAAUCAAGCCAUGAUGAAACAACUUCAGAGUUUGGUUGGACGACUGGUAUUAUGACUGGUCAAUCAACUGCAUUCAUAGGGAAAACAGUGCCAGACGCGACAAGUGAUGAAUUCGGGAUGAGCACUCUUCCAACGACAAUGGAACCUGGUCUCGCUUCUGAUCAAUUCAAAACAUCCCCUGUUCCUUGGUCAGCUGUUAAUGAAUUUGAAACAACUGCUAUUGAAAUAACCACACUGCAAUAUACCAACACUGACGAAUUUUGGACAACUACUGUUGCACUGACAACAGAGUUGGCUUCAACUAAGGAUGAAUUUGAUUCAACCACCGCGAAACCAGCCACUACAUUUAGCUCUGAUACAAAAAACUUUGAAUCCAACACCGAGGUGGUAGCAACCACAGCCAUGCCAAAAUCGACCACUGACGAACUUAUUUCACCAAAUGUCCUUGGUACAAACAAUCCGGAAUCAACCAGAGACAAAUAUAAAGCAAGCACAGUUGCAGCAACUACAGACACUGGUUGGACGACUAUUACGAUUCCAACAACAACCGAACUAGGUCUGACUGCUGAGGAAUUUGUUUCUCGGUCAACUACUGAGGAAUUUGAAACAAAAAUUGUUGAAAUAACAACAAUGGCAUAUACCACCGCUGCUGCAGUGACUACAGACCCGGGGUCAAUUACUUUAUUUGAAUCAACCACUGAGAAAAUUGAAGCCACAAAUGUCUUUGGUGCAACCGAACUGAAAUCAACCACGGACAAACUUAUUUCACCUACUGACUUUGGUCCAGAAGAUCAUGAAUCAACUACAGGAUAUGGAGCAAGUUCUGCUGUAACAACCACAGGCUCUGGUUUUGCCACUCGUGAUUUUCAAUCACCCACAUUAAUAUUGACAGGGUCAGACCUGACAACAGAUGCAUUGGGGAAAAGCACAAUUUCGUCGACAACCGAACUAGGUUGGACAUCUGAUGACUCAGGAAAAACCACCAUUCCAAGGUCAACUGCUGAUGAAUUAGAAGCAAGUUCGGAAUUUAAAACCACCACUGUUGCAGUGACAAUAGAGCCGACCUCAGCUGCAAAGGAAUCGACUGCCGUUGAUACAACAGCACUUGAAUCAGCCACCGCGGAAUUAGAUUCAACUUCUGGCUAUAGGACAAGAGAGCAAGAAAUAGCAACCAGCGAGGAAAUAGCAACCACACAUGGGUUUGAGACAAAGGUAGUGGAACCAACCACCGAGGAACUGUCUAUCACAAGUGUUUUUGGUACAAGGGAAUGGAAAUCAAAUACUAACGAACUCAUUUCGUCCACUGCCUUUGAUAAACUAGAUCAGGAAUAUACCACGGAGGAAUACAGAGCAAGCAUUACUGCAACAACAGACUCGUAUUUUCAAUCAGUCACAUUAUCAAUGACGAAUGAACCAAGCUCGGCAAUUGGUGAAGUUGGGACAAGCACUUUUCCGACAACAACCGAACAAGGUCUGACCACUGAUGAAUUCGGAACAACCGUUAAACCUUUGUCAACUAUUGACGAAUCUAAAACAAACAUUGUUGAAAUGACAACAUUGUCUUAUAUAAGGACUGAAGAAUCUGCGACCACCACCGUUGCAGGGACGACGGAGCUGGGUUCCUUGAGUGAAUAUGGAACAACCAUUGUUGAAAUUACUUCAGAUCAAGACAUGAGCACUGAUGCAACUGAGCAUACACUUGCAGAAAAUCCAAGAUCUACCACCGACUCAGCGACGAUUGGUCAUAGAGCAACAGAUGCGUUGGCAACAUUCUCCGUGUCAACCACUGAUGAAUUUGAAACAACCGCUGUUCAAAUGACAACAGACCCAUAUACAACCACCGAAGAAUUUGGCGCAACCUCCGACAAAACCACUGUUGCAGUGACGACGGGUCCUGGAUCAACCACUGGUGAGUUUAGUGCAACCAUGGAUAUUACAGAGGCUGGGUCAACCAUUGACGAAUUCGGUAAAACCACUGAUGAAUUGACAAAUGCUAUUACACUGACAGCGGAGGCAGGCCCAAGCACUGCCGCUUCGGCAUUAGGACCAGCACGAACGACUGACGAAUCGGGUAAAACCACUGUCCAAAUGACAAUAGAAACUUGGUCUAAAUAUGAUGGUUUAGGAAAAACAACAAAUGCCCUCAUCGAUGAGGCAACUUCCACGACUGAAGGCCUUCGAACAACAGCAACUAUCCUCAUCACAAAAGAAGUUGAAAAAACUUCUGAGGUCCUGAGCACUGAAGCAGAUACAACAACAGAAGAGUCUACGACAAUUUCCUUCACAACUAGGGGUGGCUCUUCAACGGACGAUUUCGGAACGAUGACAGCUUCCCUUACCAGCGGAAUUGGGUCUUCUACUGAUGACUUUGGAACACAAACUGCGCUUACCACCGAAGAUGUGACAACAGCUGCCUCAACAACAGAUAGCAUGUCCACCGAUGUUUCUGAAUCAACGGCUGAGAUGUUGGGUCCAACAUCAGAUUUCCCGACUACAACUGAUCCAUUUGGUUUUGGAGGAGGGAAAGGUGGCGGUGGUGGUACUGGAUAUACAGGGCGUACUGGCGGUAAUGCUGGUUCGGGAUAUCAUACCACCAAGAAGUCAAUCUCAAAAACAACCCGAAGUUCUCAACAGACAGGUCACACAGGCUCUACCAAACGUAUCACAGUUGUAAACACGCACGACAUAAUAGGUCCGACUGCAGAUUUCAUCCCUUUAGGAACAUUCCCAGAUAAUCUAUAUACCGAUAUCAUCAAUUUGAACAAAUCAACAAACCAAACAUUACUAUUAGGUUCCAAUGAUGUGACUACUGCCACGGAGAAGGAUGUCGGCAUUCUGAUCACAAGCUCAACGGUUUUCCAAGAUGAAGGGACAACAGUGUUAGCGAAAGGCACGAGUGAAGUCAACACACAGACUGACCAGAGCAAUGUGAACCCUGGUAGCUCAACAGAUGUAUUGUCACUAACAUCACAUGAUUCUACAACUUUAUCAAAGACAACUGAUUUGCCUGAUGUUAGCACAACAUACAUCGGUUCUACAGAGACAAUGACUGCAGCUCUAAGCACAGCUGAUUAUGACGCCCGUACAACAGAUAUCAGUUCUACAGAGGCAAUGACUACAGCUCAAAGCACGAUGGGUCAUGAUAAUAGUACACCAGGUAUCACUUCUACAGAGGCAAUACCUACAUCUCAGAACACGAUCGGUUAUGAUGCUAGCACAGCAGAAGCUACGACCACUGCUCAAAGUGCACUGGACUUCGCUGCUACAGCAAGCCAAGUUAUGGCUACUGCUCAGAGUACACUCAACUUCGAUGCUAUUACAACCGAAAUAAUGACAACAGGCAUAAGUACCCAUGACUUCGGUGCCAGUACAACGGACGUUAUGACUUCUGUUCAAGGUACACAAGACCUCACUGUACCUUCAACUGAAGUGAUGACCACAGUUCAAAGUACAUUCGAUCGCAGUGCAAUCGAGGAUAUGACCACUUCUGAAAAUAUCAACUUCUACGUCAGUACAACCAGGAAUUUGACCAGAUCUCAUAGUGCAUUUGACUUCGAUGCCAGCACAAAUGAGGUAACGACAUCUGCUCUGAGUAUGCUGGACUUCGAUGCAACAACAACCGAAGGUAUGAGCACUGUCCAAAAUACAUUGGACUUCGAUGCCAGCACAACGAGCGUUAUGACUACUGUUCAUAGUACACAGGACUUCGCUGCAACUACAACUGAAAUGAUGAUAACAGCUCAGAGUUCAUUAGCCUUCGAUGCCAAUACAACCGAAGUCACGACCACUGCUCAAAGACCAAAAGAUGUCGAUGCCAAUACAACCGAAGCAAUGACCACAGGUAUGAAUACGCUCGAGUUCGAUGCAAAUACAACCGGAGAAAUGGCUACUGCUCUUGGUGCACUUGACUUCGCUUCAACUACAAUUGAAGCGAUGACCACAGCUCAGGGUACAUUGGCCUUCGAUGUCAGUACAACCGAAUUUAUACCCUCAGCUCCAAGUACACCAGACUUCGAUGUCAGUACAACCGAAGUGAUAACCUCGGCUCAGAUUACUCUGGACUCUGAUGCAUCUACAACCGAAGGUAUGACCACUGCCAAGACUACACUGGACUUCUAUGCGAGUAUAACGGACGGUAUGACUACUGCUCAAAGUUCACUGGACUUCGAUGUCACAAAGACCGAAGUAAGAACAACGGAUCAAAGUACACUGGACCUCACUGCAACUUCCAUCGAAGAGAUUACCACAGCUCUGAGAACAUCAGACAUGGAUGCCAGUACAACUGAAGAGAUCACCGCUGCUCAGAGUACACUGGACUAUUAUGCAUCUACAACCGAAGGUAUAACCAUGGUCCAGAGUACAUUGGACUUCGAUGACAGCACAUCCGACGUUAUGACUACUGUUCAAAGUGCACAGGACUUGACUGCAACUAUAAAUGAAGUGAUGGCAACAGCUCAGAAUACAUUAGCCUUCGAUGCCAGUAAAACCGUGGUUACAGCUCAAAGUUCACUAGACUUCGAUGCCAGUACAAGCGAAGUUAUGACCUCUGCACUGGACUUCGAUGCAACUACAAGCGAAGGUAUGACUACUGUUCAGAGUACGCUGGACUUCUUUACCAGUAAAGCGGACGGUAUGCUUACUCAAAGUGCACUGGACUUCACUGCAACUACAACCGAAAUGAUGUCCACAGCUCAGAGGACACUGGACUUCGAUGCAGCUACAGCCGAAGGUAUGAUAACUGUCCAGGGUACACUUGCCUUCGAUGCCAGUACGGACGGUAUAACUAUUGCUCAAAGCUUCAAAAAAACCGAAGUUACGACCACUGCUCAGGGUAGACUUGACUUAGAUACAACUACAGUGGAAGCGAUGCCCACAGCUCAGAGUACAUUAGACUUCGAUGCCAGUACAACUGAAGUGAUAACCUCUGCACAUAGUACACUGGACUUCGAUGCAACUUCAACCAAAGGUAUGACCACUGUCCAGAGUACACUGGAUUUCGAUGCGAGUACAACGGACGUUAUGACAAGUGCUCAAAGUUCACUGGAUUUCGAUGUCACAACGACCGAAGUUAGGACAACAGAUCAAAGUACACUGGACCUCACUGCAACUUCCAUCGAAGAGAUUACCACAGCUCAGAGAACAUCAGACGUCGAUGCCAGUACAACUGAAGAGAUAACCGCUGCUCAGAGUACACUGGACUUUGAUACAUCUACAACCGAAGGUAUAACCACUGUCCAUAGUACAAUGGAUUUCGAUGACAGCACAUCAGACGUUAUGACUACUGUUCAAAGUGCACAGGACUUGGCUGCAACUAUAAAUGAAGUGAUAACCACAGCUCAGAGUACAUUAAUCUUCGAUGCCAGUAAAACCGAGGUUAUGACCAUUUCUCACAGUAUUUUAGACUUCAACGUUAGUGCAACUGAAAAUUUGACCACAUCUCAGACUGCAUCUGACUUUGAUGCCAGUACCACUGAAGUUUUACCAACAUCUCAAAGUACACUAGACUUCGAUGUAAGUACAACCGAAGGUAUGACUACUGCCCAGAUUACACAAGACUUUGGUGCCACAACAACCGAAGGAAUGACUACUGCUCAGAGUACACUGGACUUCGAUGUCACAAAGACUGAAGUUGUAUCAACAGCUCAAAGUGCACUGGAUAUCAUUGCUACAACCGAAGUGAUGUCCACAGUACAGAGUACACUGGAAUUCGAUGCAAGUACAGCCGAAGGUAUGACCACUGUCCAGAGUACACUUGACUUCGAUGACAGUACGGGCGGUAUGACUAUUGCUCAAAGUACAUUGGACGAUGUCACAAAAACCGAAGUUACGACCUCUGUUCAGGGUACACUUGACUUAGAUGCAACUACAAUGAAAGCGAAGCCCACAACUCAGAGUACAUUAGACUUCGAUACCAGUACAACUGAAGUGAUAACCUCUACACAUAGUACACUGGACUUCGAUGCAACUACAACCGAAGGUAUGACCACUGUCCAGAGUACACUUGACUUCGAUGCCAGUACAAAAGACGUUAUGACAAGUGCUCAAAGUUCAAUUGACUUCGACGUUUCAAAGACCGAAGUUAUAACGACAGCUCAAAGUAUACAGGACUUCUCCGCAACUACAACCGAAGUGAUGUCCACAGCUCAAAGUAUAUCAGACGUCGAUGCUAGGACAACCGAAGUGACUACCUCUCCUCAGAGAGUUCAUGACUACGGCGCAAGUACGUUUGAACUGAUUACCACAUCUGUGAACACACUUGAUUUUGAUGUCGCUUCAAACAACGUUAUGACCACUGUCCAGAAUAUAUUGGACUUCGAUGCUAGUACAACUGAAGUAAUGACCACACCUAAGAGUGGACUUGAUAUCGAUGAGAAAACUACCGAAGUUUUCACCACUCCUUUAAGUACGCUGGACAUUGCUGUCACGCCAACCAAGGAGAAAGCCACUGUUCUGAGUACAAAUGACUUCAAAGCCGAGGUUAUGACAUUGGGUUUCAAUGAAAGUACAAUCAAAACUAUGAUCACAGCACAGACUAACCAGGAAAUUGGUGUCGCUGCAACUGAGUCUACAACCAAUCCUCUAAAUGAACUGGACUUUGGUGCCGGUAGUACGGAGUCGAUGACCACGAGUAUACCAGAUAUAGAUGCCACAGCAACCAUCGUUAUGACUACUGUUCAGAGUUCACUGCACGUUGAUGCUAGAACAUCCGAAGUGAUGGCCAGUACUCGGAGUACGCUGGACUUCGGCGCAAUUACAACUGCAUUAAUAACUUCAGGAAUGAGUACGCUGGACUUCGACAGUGCCAGUUUAGCCAAAGUUAUGACUGCAUCUCAAAGUACACUAGACAUUGAUGCCUCCACAACGGAAGUUAUAACCUCAGCUAAAGGUAAAUUCGAAGUCGAUAUCAGUACAACCGAAGUAAUGACGUCUGGUACGAGUACAUUGAACUUCGAUGUCACAAUAGAAGACGUUAUUACCAAAACUCCAAGUACACUUGACUUCGAUAUUGCCACAACCGAAAGAAUGACCACAGCUCAGAAUACCGCAGACAUCGAUGCCAGUACAACCGAAUUGAUGACUACUGCUCACAGUCCACUCGAUUUCGUUGCGAGUACUACCCCUGUCACGACCUCAGUUCAGAGUACACUCGAGGUCGAUGCCAGUACAAACGAAGCGAUGACCGCGGCAGAGAGUACGAUGGACUCUGAUGUCACAACAACUGAAAUCAUGACCCCGACUCAGAGUGCAUCCGAAUUCGAUGCCAGUACAACCGAAGUGAUGACUACAGCUCAGAGUCCGCUCAAUUUCGUUGAGGGUACUACAAAAAUAAGGGGCACUGCUCCGAGUACACUUGACUUUGAUGCCACAAUAACCGAAGUUAUGACCACUGAUCAGAGUGUACUUAACUCUGAUGACAGUACAACAGAAGCUAUGACUUCUAUCGAGAGUACACUUGACCUCGAUGUCACAACAUCCGAAGAGAUGCUUACAGCCCAGAGUUCAUUCGACUUCGAUAUCAGUGCCGAAGUGAUGACCACUGGUAUGAGUGCACUCGACUUUUAUGUUUCAACAGCCGAGCUUAUUACCACUACCCAGAGUGCACUAGAUUCCUAUGCCAGUACAACGGGCGAUAUGACUCGUGGGAAAAAUAUAGCAGACGUUGAUGUAAGUACUCCCGGCGCCAUGUCGACUGCUGCAACUCCACCAAAUUUUGAUGCGAGCACAACGGACAGUUUCUCUACUGCAGCAGGUACACAAGGCGACGUUGCGAGCACUAUUGACUUCUUUUCGACUACUGCCAGUACAACCGAUUUUGAUGUCAGUAUCACAGAGAUCGCGUCCUCUGCAGGUAUUACACAGGACUUCUAUUUGAGCACCACCGAUAUCAUUUUUUCUGAGCCUAGUACACCAUCUGUGUAUUUUAGCAAAGCAGACACAGUGUACACUUCCGCAAGUACAUACUUCGACGUUGGACCCACAGCAACCGUGCCCACCUUCGCAAUUUCACCGGCUAAGCGGAGCAGCUUAGACGCCCUGUCAACAACGAACUUAAAUGAGGGUGUGUCCAGUGUCACUACAUCAGAUCUCAAUGAUGCAAGGUCUACAGAAGCCGGUACACAAGACUUGGAGGUGAGAACCAAAGAUGAAGUACUUUCUACCGCUAGUACAAUGUUCGAUGUCAUGUCCUCGGAUGCAUCAACGGAAGUCAGUUCACAGGGGGUUGAUGUACGCUCACCAGCUGAUACGUCCUUUAUAACGAGUCCACCAGGCUUAGACGUGAUAACCAAAACUGAAAUACUUGCUGAGACCAAUACAGUGUCCGAUGCAGGAUCCGCGGAUAUAUCAACUGGAGCCAGUACACAUGACGUUCGUACACAAGCUGGCACGUUCCCCGAAACCAGUACAUCAGACCUUACGACCAGUACAGUGUCAGAUGUGGAAUCCACGGAUGCAUCAACUGGAGUCAGUACACGUGGGGUUGAUGUAAUCCAAACAGAUGCCAAGUCCCCCGAAACCAGUACACCAGAUUUUGUGAUAACAAACGGUGAAGUACUUGCUACGACCAGUAUAGUGUCGGAUAUGGGAUCCAGAGAUGCAUCAACUGGAGCCAGCACACAAGACGUUGAUGUAAGCACAACAGCUGCUACGUUCCCCGAAACCAACACUGUAGACUUUGUUGUGAUAACCGAAUAUGACGAACUUGCAACAACCAGUACAGCGUCAGAUUUGAGUUCUACGGAUGCAUCAACAGGAGCCAGUACACAGGACUUUGAUGUACAUACACCAGCUGGCACAUCACCUGAUACCAGUACUGCAGACUUGGACGUGAUAACCAGGGAUGAAGUAUUUGCUACGACCAGUACUGUGUCCGGUAUGGGAUCCAGAGAUGCAUCAAGUGGAGCCAGCCCACAAGACAUUGAUGUAAGCACAACAGCUGCUACGUUCCCCGAAACCAACACUGUAGACUUUGUUGUGAUAACCGAAUAUGACGAACUUGGAACAACCAGUACAGCGUCAGAUGUGAAAUCUACGGAUGCAUCAACUGGAGCCAGUACACAGGACUUUGAUGUACGUACACCAGCUGGCACAUCACCUGAUACCAGUACUGCAGACUUGGACGUGGUAACCAGGGAUGAAGUACUUGCUGCGACCAGUACAGUGUCCGAUAUGGGAUCCAGAGAUGCAUCAACUGGAGCUAGUACACAUAACGUUGAUGUACCUACACCAGCUGACACGUCCCCCGAAAUCAGUACAGCAGACUUUGACGUUAUUACCAAAGUUAAAAUUCUUGUUAGGACCAGCACAAUAUUCGAUGUGAUAUCGACAGAUGCAUCAUCUCGAGCCAAUUCAAAAGACGUCGAUGUAAGUACUCCAGCUGCUACGUCUCUCGAAACCAGUGCACCAGGCUUGAAUUUGAUAACUGAAGAUAAAGGAGGUGCUACGACUAGUACAAUAUCCGAUAUUAGAUGGACGGAUGCAUCGACUGAAGCCGGUAUACCUGGCGUUGAUGUACGUACACCAGCUGGCACGUCUUCUGAAACCAGUACUGCAGACUUGGACGUAAUAACCAAAGAUGUAGUACUCGUUACGACCAGUACAGUGUCCGAUGUGGGAUCCAGAGAUGCACCCACUGGAGUUAGUACACAGGACGUUGAUGUACCUACACCAGCUGGCACGCCCCCCGAAUUCAGUACACCAGAUUUUGCUGUGAUAACCAGGGAUGAGGUACUUGCUACGACCAGUACAGUAUCCGAUAUGGGAUCCAGAGAUGCAUCAACUGGAGCCAGUACACAGGACGUUGAUUUACCUACACCAACUGGCACGUCCCCCGAAUUCAGUACACCAGAUUUUGCUGUGAUAACCAGGGAUGAGGUACUUGCUACGACCAAUACAGUGUCCGAUGUGGGAUCCAGAGAUGCAUUAACUGGAGCCAGUACACAUGACGUUGAUUUACCUACACCAGCUGGCACGUCCUCCGAAUUCAGUACACCAGAUUUUGCUGUGAUAACCAGGGAUGAAGUACUUGCUACGACCAAUACAGUGCCCGAUAUGGGAUCCAGAGAUGCAUCAACUGGAGCCAGUACACAUGAGGUUGAUGUUAUCCAAACAGAUGCCAAGUCCUCCGAAACCAGUACACCAGAUUUUGACAUGGCAACCGAAGAUUACGUACUUGCUACGACUAGUAUAGUGUCCGAUUUGAAAUCCACGGAUAUAUCGACUGGAGCCAGUACACAUGACGUUGACGUAAGCAAAGCAGAUGCCAAGUCCUCCGAAACCAGUACACCAGACUUUGACAUGGCAACCGAAGAUUACGUACUUGCUACGACUAGUACAGUGUCCGAUUUGAAAUCCACGGAUGUAUCGACUGGAGCCAGUUCACAUGACGUUGAUGUAAGCAAAACAGAUGCCAAGUCCCCCGAAACCAGUACACCCAAUUUGGCUGUGAGCACCUCUGACAUGUUGUCUACUCACAGUACACUGGACCUCGACGUGAGACCCUCAGAUGUCAUGUCCACUAUCGGCAGUUCUACAGACUCCAAUCUCGGCACCUCGGAUAGUGUGUCCAUCCAAGGGACUACCCCGGGCCUCGAUGCUAGCUAUUAUUACGCCGGUUCAAAUGGAGUCAGUGAAUGCGACUUUGAUGCAAGGACCACGACCAUUACGGCAGCUUUGGCCAGUUCACCAGACUUUGAUGUUAGCACCUCGGAUGCAGUGGCCCUUAGCAGCAGAACCUCAGAAUUUGAUGUGAGCUCCACAAAUGCUUUGUCUACUUCACCCCAUUCACAAGACUAUGAUGUAGGUUACAAGGAUACCUUGUCCCCUGGGACCAGUACAAAGGACGUUGAUGAUAGAACCACUGAUACCAUAUCAAUAAUACCUGCACAUGACUUUGAAGGCACCACAGAAAACUUAUCCACUGCACCAGACACUGAUAUCCGUCCAACUGACAUGUCCAUUGCCGGUGGCACAGUAAGUUCCACUGACAUAUUGCCAGAGACCACAUAUAGCAGUACAGCAGAAUUGAAUGUGAUAACAACACACAAUAUGCUCACACUUGGCAAUACACCGGACUUCGAUGUGAAUACCACAGACAUCCUUACAAGCCUGCCGGGAACUGCUGUAAACAUACAUGUAGGCAGGAGAACAACAAUAUACAACGACUACCCGACUGGGUUGACACGGACUGCCUCAAAGGGACAAACUGUGGACUUCUUGCAAGGUAGUAUCUCACCACCAACUGAUUUUACAGAGGGUAAUACAGGUAUUCCACAAUUAACCAGUACGCCACCAACUGACGUGUUAGUUACUAAGGAAACAUCGGAGGUUCCGGCUGUCACGAGUUCUACACCAGUUGACUUCAAAGAAGCUACGUCCGAAUUCAGUUCAGUCACUAGUACACCCCCGACAGAUUUCACAGAAGCUACAACCGACCAAACAUCAGAGUUUAGUUCUGCAGCGAGUACACCCCCAACAGAGUUUGCAGAAGCUACAACAGACCAAAUUUCAAUGUUUAGUUCAGACGCUAGUACUCUCACGACGGAGUCGAGUGAAGCUAAAACAAAACAAACACCAGAGUUUAAAUUAGCCACCAGUACACACCCAACGAAGUUCGCAGAAGCUACAACAGACCAGACUUCAGGGUUGCGAUCAGUCACUAGUACACACCCGACGGAAUUCACAGAAGCUACAACAGUCCCAGCUUCAGAGUUAAGAUUAGCCGCCAGUACACAUCCAACGGAGUUCACAGAAGGUACAACAGACAAAACUUCAGUGUUUGGAUCAGUCUCAAGCACAUCCCUGGAGGAGUUCACUGAAGCUACAACAGACCAAACAUCAGAGUUUGGAUCAGUAACAAGUACUUCUUCGACGGAGUUUCCAGGAGGUGCAACAUACCAAACAUCCGAGUUUAGAUCCGCCAUUAGUUCUCUCCCAACGGAGUUCACAGAAGGUAGAAAAGACCAAACUUCAGAGUUUACAUUAGUUACUAGUACACCCCCUACAGAUUUCGCAGAAGCUUCAACAGACCAAACUUCAGUGCUUGGAUCAGUCACUAGUACAUCCCCGACGGAUUUCACAGAAGCUACAACGGACCAAACAUCAGAGUUUAGAUUAGUCACAAGUACACCUGCGACGGAGUUCACUGGGGGUUCGGACCAAACAUCAGAGUUUAGAUUAGUGACUAGUACACCCCCAACGGAUUUCACAGAAUCUACAACAGACCAAACAUCAGAGUUUAGAUCAGUAACAAGUACUUCUUCGACGGAGUUUCCAGGAGGUGCAACAUACCAAACAUCCGAGUUUAGAUCCGCCAUUAGUUCUCUCCCAACGGAGUUCACAGAAGGUAGAAAAGACCAAACUUCAGAGUUUACAUUAGUAACUAGUACACCCCCUACAGAUUUUGCAGAAGCUUCAACAGACCAAACUUCAGUGCUUGGAUCAGUCACUAGUACAUCCCCGACGGAUUUCACAGAAGCUACAACGGACCAAACAUCAGAGUUUAGAUUAGUCACAAGUACACCACCAACAGAGUUCGCAGAAGCCACAAUUGACCAAACUUCAGAGUUUACUUUCGCUAUCAGUACACUCCCGGCGGAGUUCACAGAAGCUACAACGGACCAAAUAUUAGACAUUGUAUCAACCAGUACUAAAACAACUGACUUCAUAGAACAGACAAGUCAACAGACUGAAGAUAUUUCGCCUGUCACGAGGUCACUGUCAACUGACAUCAUAGAAGCUACAACUGAGCAAUCAUCCAGCUUCACCCAAGACAAUACAGGCUUUACAAAGGCAGUUUCGGAACAAACUUCUGUGUCUAGAUCGAUUACUGGUCAAUCGCUGGUAGACUUAACAUCAGGGCCAGGACCUGACUUUGCCAACGAUGAAACCACUUCUACUGGUAAUGAAUGGGAGCCAGCCAGCAGUUUUGCAACUGAAGAAAUAAAAGUGGGUGUUUCGGCAGGGUUAACAUCGGAGCACACAACAGACUUUGUGACAGAGUCUAACACAUUUGUCACACCACCAGAGAUAUCAACAGGACCUAUCACAGUAUUUUCCACCUUGCCAAUAACGUCUCCAACACCAACAGAAUUAUCAACAGUUUCUAGCAGAGUGUCUGAACCCGAGGGUGUUACAUCUACUACGCCUACAAAGAUGUCAACGGAGCAUAUCACCGACUUUGUGUCUGCAGCUACGGAGAUGUCGACAGAGUCUAUCACAGACUUUCUGGCCGAAUCUGUAACAUCUGUCAUGCCAUCAAAGAUGUCAACACAAUAUAUUACAGACUUUGUGUCCAAGUCUGCAGAAUCUGCCACGUCCAUAGAGAUGUCAAUAGAUUCUAUCACAGAGUCUAUCACAGACAUUCUCACCGAAUCCGUAACUUCUGUCACGCCAACAAAGAUGUCAACAGAAUCUACGAUAGAUUUUGUUAGCGAAUCUGUAACAUCUUCUACCCCUACAGAUACGUCAAAAGAACAUAUGACAGACCUCGUGACCGAAACUGUCACACCUAGAAAUAUGUCAACCGAGCCUCUCACAGAUUUUGUGACUGAGUCUGAAAUAUCUGCCACCCCUACAGAGAUGUCAACAGUGUUUAUGACAUAUCUGGUGACCGAAUCUGUAACCUCCGUCACACCUACAGGGAUGUUAACAGAACCUAUCACCGACUUGGUGACUAAUUCCGUAACCUCUGCUACCCUUAUGGAUAUAUCAUCCGAGUCAGAAACAGAUUUUAUGACUGAAUCCGUAACUUCAGCAACACCUACAGAGAUAUCAACAGUGUCAAUGCCAGACUCAGUGACGGACUCAGAAGCACCUGGCACACGAAUAGAAAUGUCAACUGAACCUAUCACAGAAGUUCUGACCGAGUCUGUAACAUCAGCCACGCCUACAGAGAUAUCCAGUACAGAGACUAUGACAUACUUUGUGACCCAGUCCGUAACAUCUGCAACUCUAACAGGGAUAUCAUCUGAGUCCAUGACAACCUUUGUGACUGAGUCGGCAUAUGAAACAUCAUUCCCAACGGAGCCCAAAACAGAUACAAUAGAUUUUCUGACAGAUACUAUCUCUGCUACAACUACCACCGGACUUGUUAUAUCAACCGAUUUAUCAACUGACGUCCUGGGGAAAACUACAGAACCUCCAACAACAUCUCAGCCUCUUACCUCCGAAGUUAAUACUUCAGAGCUCGUUUCUACAACCGAGUUAUCUACUGACUUUGUGGAAGACACCGCCGGCACUAAGACAGGGCCGCCGUCCUUUCAGCCACCUCCUACAACCAAAUUGUCAACCGACCUCCUGGAAGAAACCGCAGUAACGACAGAAGUAACGACAGUAAAACCAACCUCUAAGCCACUUUCUUCAGCUGACUUUCUAGCAGAGACUACAGAACUAAUGACUGAGGAACUAACCUCACAAUCACUUUCUACAACCAAGUUUUCAACUCAAUUUCCAACAGAAACUUCCGAAGUUGUUACAGCGGAAGCAACCUCUCGGGCUCCUUCUAAAACCUUGUCAUCAACUGACUUCUUGGCAGAGAACCAAGAAAUAACGACAAGAGGAAUAACAUAUGAGGCCAUUACAAUCGGAUCUACAACCAACAUCCUGGUAGAAACAACCGAUCCUUCAACUGAUUUCUCAACCGAUACCACCGACGUUGUGCCAGUGAAAGAUUCCUCCCGGACUGUAACCAACUUGUCAACUGAUUUUUAUGCAGAGGCUACCGGAGUCACUACUGGGGAAGCAAUGCGUCUUCCCCUUUCUACAACUGUGCUAUCAACCGACCUCCCGACAGAGACUACCGAAGUUUCGAUGUUGGAAUGGACCUCUCAGCCUCUUUCUACAACCAAAUUUUCAACCGAUAUCCCAACAGAGACUGCCAAAGUAACAGCGGGAGAACCAUCCUCUCAGCCAAUUUCAACAACUGGAUUCCAGUCUGAGACGACUGCAGCAGUUACUGAGAAUGUUUCUACAACUGGAGCAUCAAUUGACUUUGUGGCUGAAACUACAGAUGCUACAACAUUUGAUGAGACUACAGUGUUUGUUGUAACAACUCAGCCACUAACAGUAGUCAGAGAGGUAACAACUUCAGGGGUAGUAACCACUGAUCUUACCUCUGAUCCCAUUUCUACGACCGAGUCAUCAACAGACUCCCUGGCUAAAGCUUCUGCUGGACCAGUUUCAACAACUGAUUUGUCAAGUUACCUCCUGGCAGUUACUACAGAACCGACAACAGAGGAAUUCAUCUCUCAGUCUUUAACCUCUGAGGUUACUUCUGAGUCGACUCCUACUACGGAGAUGUCAACUGACCUCCUGGCAGAGACUUCAGAAGCAGAGAAAGAAAAACAAACUUCAGGGAAUCAAACUUCUGAGGUUAUUUCUACAACCGAGCUGUCUACUGAUGACUUUCAAAAAGGAACGACCGAAUCCAAGACAAGGCCAUACUCCUCUCAGUCACUUCCUACAACCGAAUCGUCAACUAAUCACUUGGAUGUAACAAGAGAAACAGCAGUGGAGUCAACCUCUCGGCCCAUUUCCACAGCUGACUUUCUCGUAGAGACUACAGAAUCUAUAACAGAGAAAACAACCUCUCAACCAGUGUCAACGACUGAGUUUGCAACUGAUUUCUUGGCGGAGAACAAAGAAGAAACGACGAGGGAACUGAUAACUGCCUUCAUUGCAAACACACCUUCAACUCACAUCCUGUCAGAGAAAAACGAAUUACCAACUGAUAUCUCGACCUACAGCAGUGACGUUAUGACAGCGGAAUCAUCAUUUGGGCCUCUAGCAUCUGAGGGAAUAUUUGCUUCCAUUUCAACAACAUAUGUAUCAACGGACUUCCUUGCGAAUGACAGGGAAGCUACAACGGGAGAACCAUACUCACAGCCUCUUUCUACAGGCGAGUUUUCAACUGACUUCCCGACAGGGACUACUGAAGAAAUGACAUGGGAACUAACCUCUCAGCCUCUUGCUACAACCGAGUUUUCAACGAUACUCUUGGCAGAGACUACCGACGUUACAACAGGAGAACCAAGCAUUCAGCCCGUUUCUACGACCGAAUUUUCAACUGACCUCCCGACUGAGAGUCCCGUCGUAACGACGGGAGAACUUUCCUCUCAGCCAAUUUCAACAACUGAGUACAUGUCUGAAACGACUGCGGAUACGAGUGAGAAAGUUUCUACAACCAGAACAGCAAUUGAUUUUGUACCAAAUGUUACAGACACAAGAUCUGAUCUGACCACAGAGUUUGUUAUAACAACUCCAUCAUCAACGGAGUUCCAGACAGAAAGAGCAGAAUCCAAGACAAGGCCAGACACCUCUCAGUCACUUUCUACAACCGAUUCGUCAACUGACCUUUUGGAAGUAACAAAAGAAACGGUAGAAGUAACAGCAAUGGAACCAACCUCUCAGCCCCUUUCCACAGCUGACUUUCUUGCAGAGACUACAGAACUUAUAACAGAGAAAAAAACUCCUCAACCACUUUCAGCAACUGAGUUUUCAACUGAUUUCCUUCAAGAAACAAAGGAAACGACCACAACACCAUCAACACCUGGUCGAACCUUUCAACCCAGUUUCACCACAGAUGUUAUUGCAGAGACUACAGGACUUAUGACAGAGAAACCAUUCUCUCGGCCUAUUUCAACAACUGAUGACCUGUCUGAGAAGACAGCAAUUACGACUGACAAUCUUUCUACAGCCGGAUCAUCAAUUGAUUUUGUUGCCGAAACUGCAGAUGCCACAACAUAUGAUGUAACUACUGCGUUUACUUUAAGAACUCAGUCAUCCACAGAUUUCAUGGCAGACACUACAGACGGCUUGACGGGAGAAGGAACAACCUAUCGCCCUAUGGGUCCUGAGGUUACCUAUGAGCCAAUUUCAGCAACCGUUGUGUCAACUGACCUCCUCGUAGAGGGUACAGAAAUUACAACUGAAGGCCAAACCUCUCAAUCUAUGUCUACAACAACUGACCUCCCGAUCGAGACUACUGCAGUAAUGAUGGGGGAACCAACCUCUAAGUUAAUUCCGACAACUCAGUCUUCAACUGAUUUCUUUGAACAAACAAUAAAGUUGACGACUGAAAAACCAUCCUCUCUGCCGCUUUCUACUGGCGAGUUGUCAACUGACUUCCUAGGAGAACCUACAGAACGUAUAACAAGGGAAGCCAGCUCUCGACAUCUAAUAUCUGAGGUGACCUCUUCGCCUAUUUCAACAACCGACUUGUCAACUGACUUCCGCAUUGAGGCUACAGACAAACCAGCAUCUGAGCCACUUUCAACAGCAACGUUUUCAACAGACAUACCGAGUGAACCAAUCUCCAAGUCAAUUGAGUCUUCAGCUGAUUUCCUCGAAAAAACAACAGCACUUUUGACAGGGAAAGCAUCCUCUCAGCCGCAUUCUUCCGUCAAUUUGUCAACUGACUUCCUUGCUGAUACUACAGAAAUAACACCUCAGGCGCUUAGCACUCCUCCUGUCUCAAAAGCCAUGACAUCAAAUGACUUUCAGGGAGAGAUUACAGAACAGGUGACAAGGGAACCGGCUACAGGACAGGGGACAUGGGAACAAACCUCUCAGACACUGUCUACAAUCGUGCCAUCAACUGACUUUGAUGACACGACCAGGGAACUGACAACUGAGGAUAUUUCUACGACCGAAUCUUCAACUUACGAUUCGGCCAAAAGAGAUGCAUCUCCAAAAGAAUUCUCGACUUACACCACAGAGAGGCUACAGAAUUAA